GUACAAGAAAAUCGACCAAGGAUUGUUGACCAGUUCAAGAAAGUUAGCUUUGGGGCCUUGUUCUAUGUUGUAGUGCAGGUUAUGGUUAGGUAAAGGGACAAGGUGGGAAAAGGAAUAUGCGAUUUCCCAACUAACCCCAUAUUAUUUAAUCCAAAAUUAGUGAAGAAACUGUGAAAUUUCGACUCGCUUUUAUAGUACAAUUCAAACCAGACGACUUUCAAAUCCCAAAAACAGACGGCUUUGAAGAAUCGUAGAACAAAAUCCUCAAAAAUGUCGAUUGCAAAGAAAGGCUUUCAACAGUACUUGCAGCAGCUUCAACAGCAUCCUUUAAGAACAAAGGCUUUGACGGCCGGAGUAUUGUCGGCGAUCAGUGAUGUAGUGUCUCAAAAGCUCUCCGGCAUCCAGAAAUUGCAAAUCCGGCGACUUCUUCUCAAAGUGCUUUUCGGGUGUGCAUAUCUUGGACCAUUCGGCCAUUUUUACCACUUAUUGUUGGAUAAGUUGUUCAAGGGAAAAAAGGACACGACAACAGUCGCCAAGAAGGUGUUGCUUGAACAAGUGACAUCUUCUCCGUGGAACAACUUGAUUUUUAUGCUUUACUAUGGGUUAGUUAUCGAGGGACGACAGUGGAUCCACGUGAAAUCUAAAAUCAAGAAGGAAUACCCAACAGUACAGUAUGCAGCAUGGACGUUCUGGCCGGUAAUCGGGUGGAUCAACCACCGCCAUGUGCCGCUACAAUUCCGUGUCAUUGUCCAAAGCUUUGUUGCAAUGUGCUGGGGUAUUUUCUUGAAUCUAAGAGCGAGAUCGUUGACUUUGACCAAAGAUUAAGCAAAUCGAAAGGAGCUUCUCAAAUAAUCGCUUCUGCUGCUGCUAUUAUGCAGAGUUGCCUCUCGUUUUAGCUCAAAUUAUUAAAGGUAUGUUUGUGUACUAUCUUCUUCGAAAUGCAAAAACAAGGCGGAUUUCCGUUCCGCUAUCUUGUAUCUUGAUUUUAAAGGUCAGGUUGUGUUAAUUUAUGUAUCAUAACAAUGAUCGAUCAAAAACAAUGAUAUGGUUAGAUUUUACAGGUCGAACGAGCUGUUAACAUUGUUGGUUUUAUUGAUCAUGCAACUUUAUUAACUC